GAAACUGUCUGCCGGGACAUCAGAUGUACGACUGGUACUUCGACAGAAACGUGUCCAUCAUAAUGUUCUUCCACAUGAGUCUAAUGUCUUUCCUGCUUCUUGACCUUGUGGGCAGUGCCAAGAUGGAGGAUGUGCUUGUGUCUGUAGAGCAGGGCCUUCUACGAGGUGUCACAGCCACGAGUGUCUACAACACGACCUACACGGCCUUCCUGGGGAUCCCGUACGCAGAACCACCCGUUGGAGAGCUACGAUUCCAGGAUCCGCAGCCAGCUGGUAGCUGGGAGGGUGUGCGCAACGCCACCUCGUACGGCAGCGACUGCGUGCAGAGUUCGGGUGACGGCUCCGAGGACUGCCUCUACCUGAACGUGUUCGUGCCGGGCGUACCAGAGGAGGGUGCAGGGCUGCCCGUGCUCUUCUGGGUACACGGCGGAGGAUUCGUCUACGGCAGCGGCUCAGAUCAGGAGUAUGGGCCCGACUUCCUCAUGUCUUACGGUGUCAUACUCGUCACCAUCAACUACCGGCUUGGCCCGCUUGGUUUUCUGAGCACCGGCGACGAGGUGGUCCCUGGAAACGCGGGCCUCAAGGACCAGCAGGUGGCGCUGUCAUGGGUCCAGCGCAACAUCGCCAGCUUCGGCGGCGACCCACAGCUUCUGGCGCUGCAGGGGCAAAGCGCAGGCGGCGUGUCCGUGUCGCUGCAUCUCGUGUCACCUCUGUCCGCAGGUCUCUUCUCGAGGCUCAUCAUCCAAAGCGCCAACUUCAUUGGACGCCCAAUGCCUCUGCAAGCUGCUCGCAACAACGCUUUCAGACUGGGGGCUGCCCUCGGCCUCGAAACGGAUGACUCCCAGGAGCUGGUGGAUUUCCUGCGGUCGGUCAGCCCAUCAGACCUCCUGGUGGACAGCUCGCUCAUCCUGACAGAGGAGGAUAAACUUCUGUUCUCCUACGCUCUGUGGUCACCACAUAUAGAGCCACAGCUGGAAGGUGCUUUCAUCUCAGAAUCUCCCAUUCAAGCACUGAUAGAUGGCCGUUUUCUCCAAGUGCCUAUAAUGACAGGAGUAACGUCCGGUGAAGGAGGUUCUGGAAUACUGUACCAGACAGAGAAAAUCAACACUCUAAAUAACAUGUUUUCUGAAUCUGUUGGGCCAUGUUUACAUCUUUCAACUGUGGAAAUGCAACAGGAAGCAGCUCUCAAACUACGAGAAUUCUAUUUCGGCAACGAUACUAUCUCUGCAGACAAUCCUGCCCCUCUCGUGCAUUUCAACAUCGACUUGGGGAUCUUCGAGCCGACGGACGCUCUGGUCAGGAGUGAAAUAACUGAUCUACCAGUCUUCUACUAUGUGUUUGACUACCAUGGAGAACAUGUGAAUACAACAGAGUGGGGUGUAUCCCAUUCAGGUGAGUUACCAUUCCUGUUCAUGAGGAAAGAUACCGAAUAUAACUUGGAUCCAGAAUCUGAAGAAGAUCGUAUACGCAGGAAUAUGCUUCGGUACUGGACUAACUUCACGAAGUAUGGGAAUCCAACUCCCCAGGCGGACCCUGUAGUAUGGGAAUCCUAUAACAAUGAAACCCGCAGCUACAUGCUGAUGCAGGCCAACUUUACUGUCGCCCAUAACAAGGAUGGAGAGCGGAUGGAUUUCUGGAAUGAGAAUGUGCCAUUGCAGCCUUACGCUGACGACCUCUGAGAGGAAAAUGCAACAGUGUAUUCGUGUCUAAUAACAGUAAAACGCCUGAUAAAUAAUAUUCACAAGAUACGAAACGAAAAAAUUAUUAUUUCUUUCAGUUAAAAAUGUGAAA